AUGGCCGUGAUGGUGCUGCGGCUUGCGGGCCUCGUCGGCCAGCUCGUCGAGCAACGCAUCGCUUUCCGCGCGUUCGAGUCCGACGAUCCGGUCGAGCCGGUUGGGAUUGAGGUAGAGCGACUUGCGGCCGGUCUCCGGGUGCGUCCGCACCAGCGGAUGCUCGACGUCGGGAGUCUCGGCGAUCUCCUCGGGCGUGCGCACCGACGGCCGGUUACGAGCUCUCACGGUGUCGUAGCCGUGGAUCGCCUUCAGACCGUCGAUGCGCUUGCGCGUCGCCUCCGGGAGCGACUCGAAGACCGAAUGCAUGUUGCAGAACCAGGUCGAGCCGCCGCGGCUGGGGAUCUCGAUACUGUGCAGCAGCGUCGCCUUGGCCGGCACCGCGAAAUAGGAAUCGUCGGUGUGCCAGUCCUCGGCGCGGAUCGCGGUCUUGUCCGUGGUGCCGUCGGCCAUCAGCGUGCUGACCAUCACCGAGACGUCGGGCACCGCACCGCUGCGCUUGUAGCGCAGGAGCUGCUUCUGCGGCUCGCCGAACGCCCUGGAGAAUUCGCGUAUGCGGUCGCGCCACAUGAACAGCCAAGUCUCGGCGCGGAGAUACCAGGACAGGCGCAGCAGCGUCGGCCGCAGCACCUUGUAAAGCCGGGCGACCAGGGCGGUCGCGAUGACCUUGCCGAGACCGAUCGAGAGCGCCGCGAGGACGAACUUGCCGUGCAUGGCGAACCAGACCGCCGCCAGCUUCACCGGCAGGACAAGCGUCGACGGCGCGAUGAAGGCGAUGAGCGCGGCCCAGGGCGGAAGCUGCGCCAGCCAGGUCUCGAGGCGGGCGAUCCACGGCAGCCGGGCGAUGGCGGCCAUCGCGAUACCCAGAUAGUGGAGCAGCACCUCCUCGAAGAACACGAUCGCCGCGGCGAUCGGCACGAACAGGAGUUCGAGGGCGCGUUUCAGGUGGCGUUUCAUCGGCCUGCAAACUAG